CACUGAUAUGCAGCACUGAUGGGCACUGAUAGUUUGCACUAAUGGGCACUGAUGGGCGACACUGACUGGUGGUACUGACUGACAGCAAUGACUGACAGCAAUGACUAGUGGCACUGACUGAUGGCAAUGCCUGUCGGCACUGAUGGGCGCAACUGCUUGGUUUCACUGCUGGGCAGCACUGAUGGCUGGCACUGCUUGGCACUGAUGACUGCACUGAAUGGCACUGAUGGGCACUGGUGGGAGGCAUUGCUGGGCACUGGUGGGUGGCACUGCUGGGCAGCACUGAUCAUCAGCACUGAAUGUAUGUAAUAGCAAGGGGUGCUGGAGUGUGCUGGAAGGUCUGUUGAUGCUGGAUGCUGGGGGUCUGUUGUUACUGGAGGGGAUCUGUUUUUGCACGGUGGUC